UUUUCCAUAAGGUUAUGUUGGAGUAGGAAAGAACACCGGAACCAAUGAUUUAUGUUUAGGUUUCUGAGGGAUAUGAGCUCGUGAUGCACCUCGGUGUGGAAGCAGCAUGGAAGUGAAAGAUGCAAAUGCAGCUCUGCUGAGUAAUUAUGAGGUUUUUCAGCUUCUCACAGACUUGAAAGCUCAGCAGAGAGAGAAUCGUAAAAACAAAAACAGUUCUGGGCAACAAAAUCUUAACACCAUCAUGUAUGAGACUCUCAAAUACUUAUCCAACAGCCCAUGCCAACAUCAAAAUCCUCAAAUUCUACAUGAUUUCCUAACCGCAAUUAAGGCACAUAAACUAACCAAAGCAGAAAAGUUGCAACUGCUGAAUCACAGACCCACAACUGCUGUGGAAAUACAACUGAUGGUUGAAGAAAGCGAGGAAAGGCUGACAGAAGAACAAAUUGAAGAACUGAUCCAAACAGUGACUGGCACACUUCCAGGAGACCCAGAGGCUGAGGUUCCAGAGCAGGCAGAGGGAGGAGAUGGAGACGAGUGAAGAACACGGAGAAGCCCUGCUCUUUCAAAACAACAAGUGUAGUUUAAACAAAAAUAGAUUGGUUAUGUUUAUAUCUAUAAAUCGUCUGUUAGUUUACAUAAAAUAUGUUUUCUGCCUUCUAUAGAAUUAUUUAAGUUCAGUUAGAUAUUUUGUUUGCAUUAAUAGGGUUAAUCCCUGUUCUGCAGUUUAAAUGGAGACUCUGUACAUUAGUAGCUACAAUAAUGUUUUACAGAAAAUGUACACAUUCCAGGCUAUACUUAUUGCAUUACCUCACUAAAAUAAAAAUAAUCUCAAGAAUCACAAUUUAAUGGCGUACCUGGAAAAGGAAAAAUAUUACUAGAUCACUUGUGUUAGCUAUUGAGUGUUAAUGAAAAGGAGCAUUCAGCCUUUUUCACAGGCUUCCACAAUAGAUUUUCUUUAGAUAGCAUGACUAUCAGACCUUUUUAAAAACUCUAUUAAAAUAAAAAUGCAUACUGCAUUAAAAACAUAUAUCAAAUGGGGAUCAAAGGGCUUGUGUCAUGUGUGGGGCUAGGGGGCUGCAGUGCGUAAUCAACAAGAGAUUUGAAAAGCACUAUUUUUUUUACUGGGGCUGACUGUGAUCGUUACUCCAGGCACCCGAAAAAAAAAACCAUAUCACAUGGUUAAAACUAGUUUUCAUCAACUUCAGCUUUAAGUUCGAGGGAUGUGUUAUUAUGUGACAACUCUGCGUUGCUACUGUUAUACUGUUGUACUGUUGAUGAUAUGAAUAAUUCUGCUGAAUACAGGCAGCUUUGGGCGACAUGCAGUACCUGGAAAAGUACCGCUAAAAAUUCAUAUGGUUCAGACACAAACAUAUCAUUUAAGUGGCUGAGCAGCAUAAAAUAUUUUGUAUAGCUGAUUUGUGGUUCCUGUGACUCAUGUUGGACAUAUAUGCUCUUCUAUGCUGUGUUUAGUUUUUUUUGGGCUGGGGCGAAAGCUAACUCAUAUUUACUGCUGAACUUAGCAGUCUCAGAAUUAUACAAACACUCUAAAUGUGGAAGUAAUGAAAUAGGUAGGGCAGCAUUUACAAAUAUUAAAAGUACUUUGCAUGAAAAA